AAAGCCGCUCAGUGCUGGAGAAACUCAAGUCCACCAUCAGCCCAGGACGAUCAGCACCACCAAGCACUGCUGAGGAUGAGAAAAAACAGCUGGCUCUGAUGGAGGCUCGGGCUCAGUACCAGAACAUGACCAACAUGGAGCUGAUAGCUCUGCUGCUUCAGCAGGAAAUGGAUGUCAAGAAGCAGCAGGCUGAAACUGAGGUGCUGGUGGUAUUAUUGGAGAAACGUGAGGCCGAACUGAAGAAGAUGAAGGUUCAGGUCAGAGACCUGGAGGACUACAUUGAUAAGCUGCUGGUGCGCAUCAUGGAACAGACGCCGACCUUGCUGCAGGUACGCGCCAGGCCAAAAUGACUACAGUGACCUGCUCCAUCCCAAGAACACUUCAUAUUGAGCGAAAGCCAUUUGUGAUGCUCCAUUAAAUUUCAAAACUGCCAGAUUCACGUAGACACGAUAAAG